AUGGCUCGUGGCUUCGGAAUGCGUGUUGUGGGAGGAAAAACUGCUCCCGAUGGCCGUCUUUUCGCCUAUAUUGUCUGGACGGUCCCUGGCGGGCCAGCUGAAAAGGGAGGAUUGCAACAGGGUGACAAGGUAUUGGAAUGGGGAGGAGUCUCAUUAAUUGACCGUUCUUUCGAAGAGGUUUGCUCCAUAAUGGAUCGAACAGGAGACACCGUGGAAUUGUUGGUCGAACACGCCACUGACCUGAGAAUGUGCGACCUGCUGGAUGAUCCGAUUCCGCCGCCAACUACGGUUAUCACGGGACGGAAGCCUUCCGAGGCAAAUAUUUCCGCGUUGCAUAUAGAACCCGAUCCUUCUGAUAAGGCACCAUCUUCACCGACAAGGCGAAAACUACCUAAAACGCCGGAACAACUAGCUCGGGAGAGAUGCGUGACAGGUAGAAUACAAAUUCAAGUAUGGUACCACGAUGAAAGAAAUGAACUAGUAGUUGCAGUUCUAGCAGGAGACGAUUUAGCAGCUAGAGACGAUAGUUUGGGAUACGGUUCCCUUCCAGAAGCCUAUGCUAGGUUGUGCUUACUACCUCUAACAGCCGAAGAACAUUGUGUACAAACUGAAGUAGCCCCGGCCAGUCAAAACCCCAUUUGGAAUGCCAACUUAAAUUUUCCCAACGUUCCAGGCGAAGAGUUAAUGGAACGAGUUCUAGAAAUCACUCUGUGGGAUUUGAUCCCACAUAACGAACAUGCUUUUCUUGGAGAAUGUUCCGUAGAUAUUCAGAAAGCAUUUCUGGACGAUAGAGCCGUUUGGUGCAGGCUUGAGGAUCCCAGGCAGUUGAGGGGCAAAUCUCCACACACAUCUCCUAGAGGGUCUGUUGCCGGAGGAGGAAAGCGACAAGAUUUUGGAAACCAAAGGAGUGUAUCAGAUGAUGUCGAUUCUAUAGGUGAAUGUGCGAGUCUUCUUCAUCCAGACCACGCCUGGGGAUCGAGACGUGGUUCAUCUCAAUCCGAACAAUUAGAGGUUGAAGUUUACGAGCUGGGAAAAGACUUUUCGAGAUCUCUUCCGGGUUCAAGAAGAUCCUCGUUCCAGUCUGCACAAGAACAAGCAGAAGCUGAUAGACCAGCUGUUCCCCCACCACCUUCCUAUAGUAACCAGCGAAGACGAAGUAGCUGUACGAGAAUGUUGAGAGAUCCUGAGGAGAUCUUGAAAAGUUUAAAGGCUGUGAAAGGUGAACUAGGAAGGACAAUGAGCCUUACUGGAGAUAAAAGACAUAGACGUUCAAGCGCUACAUCUGAGAGGAGAGACUCCCGGAAAGAAAGUGUCAUAGAACUUAAGGAAACUGUAAAAGAAUCUAGUCCGCCUUCAAGUCCUGAACGCACUUCCCCGCCACAAUUGGGUCCAGGCCAAAUAAAACCCCGAGGAUUUCGUCUUACGAGCACCAAACCCGUCGAAAUUAAGUUAGGAUUAAUAAUGACCAAAGGACAACUCGAAGUUGAAGUUGUUUGUGCGAGGCAUAUUCCUGCGAAGGAUAUUUAUCCAGACACAUACGUUAAAUGUUAUUUAAGGGAUGGAGACCGCUGGCUUCAAAAGAAAAAGACGAGAGUAAUUAAGCACUCGUCCGAGCCCCAGUUCCGACAGACACUCAAAUACUCAGCUUGCGACGUACUAGGCAGAAGCCUGGUUGUUAUGCUGUGGGAACGACAAGGGGGCUUCGAGCACAAUCAGGGCCUUGGAGGAGCAGAAGUUUCUCUAGACUCCAUCACUCUGACUCAUCUCACAACGGGCUGGUACCCAUUAUUCCCAAUCCACUCACUAGGAUCCGAUUCCAACGAUUCGCCUUGACCUGGAGCGGAAAGCCCUCCAUACGAUUAAGAUUGGUAUUAGUGCUUGAAUAUUGUAUAAUAUUACUUGAGAUGGUAACAGGUGGAGAUUAAUAAAAUAACUGAGGUAUUCUACUUGGGUUGUUUGAUGCUAUUGCUUUUGUCAAAAUGUGAUCAAGCCAACGUGAAUAUUUAAAGAAAAACGUAAACAGAUUGUUCAAGAAGUCGUAACUACACGUUUUAUAUACACCAAUAGUAUUUUUGUCGAGUUAUAUCUGUAAAUAUAAAUAUAUACUUUACUACCUACAGUUAUUUUCUUAACUCAUCAGAUACCAUA